AUGAGGACAAGCCUGUCCUAUGACCACCCCCCAGUCCAUGCCCUCUCCUGCCCAUGGAUACCAGGUUUACCAGGAUCGCCAGGACCUCCAGGACCAAGUGUAAACUGCCCAUGCAACAGAACGUCCGCCUUCACUGCGAAGCUCAGUGAAAAGCUGCCUUCACUUUUGAAGCCUGUUACCUUCACAGAGGUCCUGUACAAUGCCCAGAGAGACUUACAGGAGGACACUGGGGUCUUCACAUGCAGGGUGCCAGGAAAUUCCUAUUUCCUCUUUGAUGUGGAGCUCCAGCACUGCAAGGUGAGCGUUCGGCUGAUGAGGAACAUAAGUUCUGUCUUAGAAAAGCGUCAGGUCUCCACCAAAGAGUCCGGGAAUCUCUCUGGCAUGUUGACCCUGCCGCUGAGCGUAGGCAAGAAGGUGUGGCUAGAAGUAGAAGUGGAAACAGAGGAGCCGGAGCAAGCCACAGUUACAAUCUAUUUCUCUGGUUUCCUGACAUAG